AUGUCGAAGCCCUACUAUGGGCAACAUGAAAGCGAGGAUGACAUCAAUCUCGAGAGGUUCUUCCUUGCGGGCGACUUCGUGUCUGGUGUGGGAUAUGGCAUGCAGCUCGUCCUGUGGUCAUCUUGCGCGCUGUACCUCUUCCAGCAACGGCGGAAGGGGCGGCAUACGACUUUUCUCCUAUGCUACAUCUCGGCGCUAUUGAUCGUCCAAACUAUCUACUCCAUAGCCCAAGCUCGUACGGUUCAACUGCUAUACGUCGAGAACCGAAACUACCCGGGCGGUCCAUGGCAAUACUUCCUCGCUACGCAAAGCCAGCCCAUCAAUAUUGUCUAUCUCGUCACUCUAUACCUGGCCAUAUUCAUGUGCGAUUUGCUCGUGCUUUGGAGAUGUUGGGUCAUCUGGAAAGCACUCGACCAACACAUUGCAUAUAUCGUGACGUUUGUGCCGUUCCUUAUGCUCACAGCAUCGUUUGUCCUUGGCACGCUGUGGACUGUCUAUUCCACUCAGCCCGAUUUUUCCCUCUACAACACCCUGCCUCGCUCAUACGGAAUCGCCUACUUCUCGCUCUCCCUGGGUGUGAACAUCAUCCUAACUACACUUAUCGUCGGCCGUCUUCUCAUGUUCCGCCGUAUGCACAUGGAGUCCCUCCCGCCCGAGCAUGUGAAGCGCUAUCUCUCCGUCGCUACCCUCGUCAUUGAGUCUGCCGCCCUGUACUCCCUCUUCGCCAUCGCAUUUCUCAUAUCUUACGCUUUGGAGAAGCCGGUCAAUCAGGUCUUGCUGGGCUUCACGCAGGCUUCCCAGCAAGUAGCGACGUACCUCAUCAUCUACCGUGUAGCUGAUGGGAAGGCGUGGUCGAGCAAAGAGACUGCCCCAUCAGUCAACUUCAUCAAUGAGCUGCCGACUUCUUCGUCGUUGUAG